AUGGCAAAUUUUACAGAUGAAAUUUUGCUGCUGAGUGACGAUGAGGAUGAUUUCAAACCGCCGAAAGUGCUGCAAAAUGAUGCGGAGAAAUGGAGUUUUCUGAUGCAUCCAGCGAAGAAAAAUAAUACAGAUGCAUCAACUGCUAAAUCGAAAUUACCGGAUAUGUUUGCUUGUGAACAGAAAACCGCAUCUUUGCCAGAAGCAUGCACAUCAAGAAAUUUAUCCAGCACAGAGAUUAAGGAAAAAGCGGAACAUCUUUUGACCACUGUAUUUGGACAUAAGAAAUUUAAAACAGCCAUCCAGAAACAGGCUAUUUAUACCGUUUCUAAAAAAAAAUCGGAUGUUUUCAUCUCUUUACCGACCGGUGCUGGGAAAUCACUCUGUUAUCAGUUGCCAGCAUUGCUGUAUAAUCCAGGCGUAACAAUUGUUUUUUCGCCUCUGAUUGCUUUAAUACAAGAUCAAGUACUGUCCUGUAAAGCUCGUGGCAUCAAAUGUGAUUCGCUGAAUUCGAAAACCGGUGCUGAGGAUAGAAGGCGAAUUGUUGAGGAUUUACGGUCGCUUAGCCCAGUGCUACAGUUGCUUUACAUAACGCCCGAAUCAGCGGCAACUCCGAAUAUCCAACGAAUGAUCACAAGCCUGUCCAAAAGGAACAUGUUGAAUUAUUUUGUUGUGGACGAGGCGCACUGUGUCACGCAUUGGGGUCAUGAUUUUCGUCCCGAUUAUCUCAAACUUGGAAAUUUACGACAGCUGGCACCAGAUGUAGGUCCAGUUGAUUUCCUUCUGUGCAGUUUUUUGAAACUUUCCAAUUUUGUGGUACUUUAA